UUUUUUUUUGAAAUAAAUACGAGCCCGAAUUCCUCAGUGCAAGAAGCAAAAAGUCUUCUUCUUCUUCUUCAUCGGUCAACGCAAAGUAGCAAGCCGGAAAAUUUUCCCAUGGCGAACCCGCAAACGCUCCCGGAGCCGGACCUCCCGGCCCCUCCGCCGCCGCCGAUCCGCACCCACCACGAGUCCCCGACCGCCGGCGCCAGCCGGAAGGUCGCCAUCGCCGUCGACCUGAGCGACGAGAGCGCCUACGCCGUGCGGUGGGCCGUCCAGAACUACCUCCGCCCCGGCGACGCCGUCGUCCUCCUCCACGUGAGGCCGACCUCCGUCCUCUACGGCGCCGACUGGGGCGCCGUGAGCUCCCCCGCGGCCGCCACCGCCGCCGACCGCCUCUCCAGGGGGGAGGAGUCGGAGAAGCUGGAGUCCGACUUCGACAGCCUCACGGCGACCAAGGUGAACGACCUGGCGCAGCCGCUCGUGGAGGCGGACUUCCCGUUCAAAGUCCACAUAGUGAAGGAUCACGACCUGAAGGAGAGGCUGUGCCUGGAGGUAGAGAGGCUGAGGCUGAGCGCGAUGAUAAUGGGCAGCCGGGGGUUCGGCGCGGCGAGGAGGGCGAGCAAGGGGAGGUUGGGGAGCGUGAGCGAUUACUGCGUCCAUCACUGCAUAUGUCCGGUGGUGGUGGUUCGGUUCCCGGAGGAGGAGGGCGGCCGGAAAGGCGUGGCGGAGGAGGAAGGAGAGGAGGGGGAGCUGGAGCUGCAUCCGGUGCCGGAGGAGGAGGAUCUGGAGGAUACCGAUGCUUCCGACGAGCAUAAAGGUGCUCCAUCUACUAUAGUUACUGCAGUCCAUGUCGUCAGAUGGGUCUUUGGGGGCCAUGAGAACUUUCGAGCUGGUCAAUUUGUCUGACUGAAUAUCCAGAAUUGUAGAUACAAUCUGGGCUUCAGUUUGGUAGAUUGUUAGGGCGCUAAUCCUUAUAGGUUUAAGUUCGUAAUCAGGACCAAUGAGACUCUUGUUCCGAAAAAUAUAUCUCCAUGUGUUCAAGUUCUUGUCUCUAUGGUACUUUUUCCGCUGUCUUUUCCCGUUAACCAUGCUAUAAAUAAUGUUAUGUAAGAAAUUCAGUCUUAUGUUGAUCCUACCAUGUCUGUGGGAAUAGUGAAUCCCCAUGGAGCACCACAUCACCACCUUAUAUUGUCCACCCAAACCAGUCACUUUGUGCCUACUGUCGUGAUCAUUCUCAUUUUUUUCCAAACAAGGAAAGCUUAUUUUCAUUGCA